GCCACGUUGUCCGCAGUUGCAGAAAAUUAAAGAUAAAAGUCGUUACUGUAAAUUUUUAAUUUUGGAAUGUUUUGACUAAUACGCACUGCGCGACAGGAAGCAUGAAAAUUAAUCAAGUUUCUGUUUGCAAAAUGAAGUUGUUUUGCUAUCACAUUUUAAAAAGGAUGGCAGGUGAGGUCCAACUUGUCAAAGAAAAAUGAGGUGUUUUGAAUAAAGAUUCUCGAUAUAGGUUACACAUCAGGUUUAGCAUUUUCGCAUGGUUGCCGAACCCAAAACUAAAAUCUUUCAGCGAGAAUCAGAAGCUUUAUCUUCAGUGCCCCAAUACAUAUAGAAUUUUUGCUGUGUCAAUUUUCUGAACUUUCAUUUUAAAGCAUAUCGGAACAUCAGCUUGACGAGGCAGGAUUUAAUUGAAUCCGUGGAGUAUGGGAAACAGCACCGACGAAUCGUCUCCGUCGCUUCCUAUGUUUCCAUUUUACCUGAGGGUUUUGAAGUUGAGUUUAUACGUCAUAAUUUUUGUUAUAAGCCUUGUCGCAAACAGUCUUGUUUGCAUCGUCAUUUUGAGACGUAAAAAAAUGAAGACAGUCACAAAUUAUUUCAUUCUUAACUUAGCCAUCGCUGAUCUGACGCUGAACUGUUUUUGCAUCCCAUUUGAUAUACCAGUACAAGAAUUGAACUCUAUCUGGCCGUACGGUUCAAUCAUGUGUAAAAUAUUGUACCCCAUACAAACACUGUUGCUCUUCGCCUCUGUGAAUACCCUAACAGCAGUGAGCCUGGCUAGGCAAAGGGCCAUUGUAUAUCCUAUGAAGAGGCAGCUGACCAAAUCUGGCGCUAAAAUAAUCAUAAUUGGAUUGUGGCUGUUUGCCUCCAUUCCCGUUAUUCCGUAUUUUCAAGCGUUACGAUUUAAUCCAGAGCUCCACAUCUGUGAGGAGAGCUGGAACGACUCCACCUCCACCAAAGUGUACACUUCAGUCAUCUUCUUCUUCCAGUAUCUCCUGCCAUUCUGUAUAAUGUUCACUGCAUAUUUUAGCAUCAGCCAAGAAUUGAAAAGAAGAGCGGAGAAUGGCAACCAGUCUAUGAAAGAUGUUCAGGAGUUGGAGGCCCGGAAAGUAGUACGCAUGCUGAAGGUGGUGACGACGCUGUUCGCUAUGAGUGUACUGCCAAACAACGUCAUGUGGCUCUGGCUGGAUUAUGGAGACGCUGAGAGGAAAUGCAAAUAUUUUUGGGAGUUGAUCGCCUUCACAAAUAUUCUAAUAUUUUCCAACAGCGCUGCCAAUCCUAUAUGUUACACUAUCUUAAAUGAAAAUUAUCGACAGGAAAUAUCGAGGUUAAUUGCAUGUAGAUCAUGCAAACUCCGGGACAUGCUUGGAAAAAAGGAAAACAAAGCUGUCAGUAAGCAACUUUCCAUUGAAGAAGCUAAGAAAAGAUCAUCCACCGUGUCAUCUUAUGUUAUGAAUAAAUUUCUUCUUGACAACUAGAACCAGCUGCAGGUAGUCAAUAUUGCCUCAGCUCAAUUAAAGACAUUUUCCGGCAGACGUCCUGUCAGGCAAUGAUUAUAAUGUUUCAUGGUAGCGCUUGCUACUCAUCUCGUCUUGCUACUACGAUUUUAAAGAUCAGGACGAUUCCGGGAGUAAUGUGCAAUCUUAAUUAUAAUGAGUACCAGUACUAGUAUUUGAAUACAAUAGCAGAUAGAUGCGUUUUGAUCAGUCUUGUUGGUUUAAUUCGUUAAGUUGAUAUGCUUUGUAAGAGUACCGCUGAUCAGAAUAACAUUAAACACAGUUUCUCCAGCCAUGUGCGUUUCAAGUUUUUCGAUGGAUUUCAUGGCCGUCUUGUAUAAGUAUGACCAUCUGUAUACUAUGUGUGGAUUGUUUUAGUUGUUGUUGUCACACAGUAAACAAUGGUUUUAUGGACGCGUACGAGUCAUUGAGUAAUGCUGUAGCAAGCCAUUAAAGGUUUGUUUGGCAGGAUAAACGAAUCAAACGAAGAUAAUGUUCGAGAAAGAGACAAGUUUUCUUUAACUUCAAAAGUCUCUUUCAUGUUCUCGAACAUUCGAAUUAACCAAUAGAAUGUUAAUUGACUGCUGGUUUGUAUUUGUAGAGUCCAUAUUUUAUGAAUCUUUACAUUAUCAUGCAUUUAAAGUAAGAGGAAUAACGAUAAGCACGACAUACUAAGUUUCAAAAUUAAAAAAAAAGGAAAUAAAAAGGUAUCAAAAA